UCAACGCGUUCGGAUGUGUGGUCAUUUGGUGUGACAAUGUACGAAGUUUUUAGUUACGGUAUCGAUCCACAACUGUCAGUCAGAGUGACUGAAAAAGAAAUUUUAAUGACGACUAUAACGGACCUAUCGAACACAUUGGAACGUGGCCAUCGUCUUCCUUGUCCAGAUAAUUGUCCACAGGAAAUUCAUAAAAAAUUGAUGUUAUCAUGUUGGCAAUUGAAUAGUCAUGAAAGACCGAUUUUUGCUACUCUACGCGAAGACAUCGAGCAACUACUUUAUAAUUAUUAG